UGUUUUUGGACGGAUCUACGGAGUCGUCCACCGUCGUUGACCUUUACCCCUGGAUGCAAUAUGAAUUCCGUGUGCAUGCCAUCAAUGAAUUUGGAGCAGGGGAAAACAGCCGUCCAUCGAUCAAAAUCAAGACAUGGGACGCCAGGCCUACAGUAGCUCCUUCUGACGUCAUUGGGCAAGUAGGAAUAAGCGGAGAGCUCAUCGUGACCUGGGCUCCUGUAAAGCCUCAGUUCUUCUUUGGUAAAAAAUUUGGCUACGUCGUGGCGUUUAAGCAGCAUGAGAAUUAUGAAUGGAAAUGGGCAACUGUGGAGGAUCCUGAGACUAGACGCUACGUCUACAAAGAGAGCAUGACCCCAGACACUGAGAUACAGGUCAAAGUGAGCACCUACAAUAACAAAGGAGAAGGACCCUCAAGUCUUAUAUCG